AUGGUCCGAAUGGGAGUCUGGCCCAAGGACUGUGGUGAGAUAACCUGGAACAGGGUCAGUGGUGUCUUCGUGAUUCAGCCCACAGGACUGCACCAGAUUGUCAUUUACUGUGACUUGAACAGCACCAGCAAGGACUGGACGGUGCUUCAGUGGAAUCAGCAUGACACGCAGAUCACCUGGGCCGAGUCCUGGAGCACCUACAAGUACGGCUUUGGCAAUGUGCAGGAUGACUACUGGCUGGGGACGGAGUACAUCUAUCGGAUCGCCAAGCAGAAGGUUUACCAGGUCAGGUUUGUCAUCCACGAUUCAUCUGGCAUCAUGAAAUAUGCAGACUACAACGUCUUCAGUCUGGAAGACGAGUCCAACGGCUACAGGCUGAGGCUGGGCUCUUACACGGGGACUGCAAGGGACGCCAUGGCCCCAAACAAUCCUAACUCCAUGCAUGACAACAUGAAGUUCUCCACUAAAGACCUGGAUCAGGACACUUACAGCGGGAACUGUGCAUCUAGCUAUGGUGGGGGCUGGGGGCACUCAGCUUGUUAUUCUGUUGAACUGAACAUCAAAGGGAACAUCACUUGGGGUAAGAACAGCAAAUAA